CUGAAUGGGAGUCAACGUCGCUUGUCAUUCGUUGGUUGCGAUCGAUGGCGACAACUUCUUUCGGACGGGACGGAGGACAAACGGCAUCAUGGUGAUGUUCAAGUAUUUUGCUGUAGCGGCAGCGUUUAGCGUGUGUGUUUCUGCAAUUGUCGGGCCUGGAAAUGAAACAAAAUCAUCUUUAUCGAAGACUGAUACGUAUUUAGAUGCCUAUUCUAAAUCUCGUGUAGAAGCUGAGAAGUCAAAACAAGGUGUUGUGAUAGUUACAGCAAAAGAUGGAGAGAAAAAAAUUACAAACCGCGAUGACAGUUACCAGUCUGGCUAUGAUUACUCACCACCGUUUUCAAGUGACACAAGUUUUAGUUCGUCAGGAUCAUCCAGUUUCUCAGGACCUUCAUCAUCUAACAGCUACUUGCCACCGUCAUCGAGCUACGGUUCGCCUGUGAAAUUUGAACCUGAAAUUACGUACAACUCGCCACCGAACACAUAUGGGCCUCCUUCAUCAAACUAUGGUCCACCUGCAAAUAGUUAUGGGCCACCGGCUAAUACUUACGGGCCACCGGCGCAUACAUAUGGACCUCCGGCGCAAACUUACGGACCUCCUGCUCAGACGUACGGGCCGCCUAUUCAGAAACCAUUGCCACCACCUUUAUACGGCCCUCCUCUCAAACCUUCCUAUGGAGUUCCUUACACGGCACCAGGUUUGGGCUUCUUGGACAAACUUUCGUUAAAGCUCGAUAUUUUGACGAUCGCUAAAUUGCUGUUGAAAUUCCUUAUAUUCAAGAAGCUUGUGACUAUGCUCGCCGUUGUGUGUAUGUUGUUGGUUAUACCAAAACUCAUAAGUUUCAAGAAAGAUACCGGUGGUGGAAAUAAUGAUGAAGAUGAACGAAACUUUGGCGCCAAAGAUCUGGUGGAGUUAACGACGGUGCAUCAGUUGUUCGAGCGCGCUAUCUCAGUGUACGGUCAGCAACAGCCAAACUGCGGCGUUACGUGUCGCAUGCGCAGAGUCAUCGACGACAUUUACGAAUUUCAACCUUAUUUCAGGGGAAAUUCAUCACCAGCGUCGUAAGAUGUAAGCGCUAUUUACAACAUUGUUAAAUUGGUUUGUUAUAGCAGGUGCCAUUGAAAUUAGUCUGAAUCAAGUCAAAUCGUUAGCUACGAUCUAUUUAUUUAAUUUAUUUCUAGAUAUUAUUGUGUAUUUAUAAGUAAAUAAAUAUGUUAUUUAAUUUA